CACAUCGAAUCUUGAAAAAGAAGGAUAUAAAACUCCGCCUCCAGAUGUCGCCGUUAACGACACCAUAACCUGGGGAGGAUAAAGUAGAAAAAACGAACAAUGUGAUUUACGAGUGACAAGUUUCACAGGUUAAUUUGCACUAAUUAUUUUCCACAUUUUAAAACAAUAAAACAAAAAAACACGCCCCUGCCCUUGAUCGACUCACAACUCUUGCCUCAAGCAGAGUUCAGACAAAACGACUACAUUUCCCAAGAUGCAGCGCGAGCUGGGUGACAAGCUAACCGGCCAUGUGAAGCAGCGAGUGAACGCUGCUCCCUUUAACCAGUAUUGCACUUGACUUUUUGCACUUUCUUUUGAUACUUUACAUACACAUAUACCGGUGUUAACAUUGUGUUGUUGUCAGCUGAACGUGUUUGAUGAGCAACCCAGCCGGUAGGGUGAGCAACAACCCUGGAGAAAAUAAACAUCCCUUGCCGGACUGUUGUGGAGGUCUUGGCAACGUCGACUACUCCAAGAUGGACCUGAAGCUUUUUGAAGAAGUCUUAAAACACAUCGACUUUCACGACCCCAGCUUCCACGUUGCUGUGAUUGCAAUCAUUUUCAACCCACUUUUCUGGAAUGUGGUGGCAACGUGGGAGCACCGCACACGGAAACUCUCCAAGAUUUUUGGAAGCCCCUACCUCGCCUGUUACUUCCUGGGCUUUGUCAUCAUCCUCCUCAAUGUGUAUCGCAGCCACAGUAUGGCCAUCGUGAUGAAGACCCAGGCCAGGUGGGAGGUACUCAACAGGAUUGAGGUCUUCAUCCUGGGCGUGCUCCUCAUCGCAACGGGCUCUCUGCUUGUCGUCAGCAGCUUUCUCGCGUUGGGAUUCACUGGGACUUUCCUCGGUAACUACUUCGGCAUUGUGAUGGACGAGAAGGUGACGGGCUUCCCUUUCAACCUCGCAGAGAAUCCGAUGUACUGGGGCAGCACGGCGAACUACCUCGGCUUAGCGCUGAUAGGUGCGAGUCCGGUGGGUCUUGUGUUGACUGCAAUUGUAGCGUUGGUCUACAAGAUAGCAAUACACUUUGAGGGAGGUUUCAUUGAGCAAAUCUAUCAGCAGAGGACGCGCAAACAUGAAUAAUCGCAUCCUGUUGGGGUUGUGGGAGGAUUCCCACCUGAUCCUGAGGACCGUGACAUGGCACGAGCGAUUGUCAAGACGAUUCCAGUGUUACGCUCUGCUGUCCGUUGACAGUUGCACAAAGUUGUGUUGCGAUUAUUUUUAAAAUGUUUCCCCCCCACCCCAAAUCAUAGAUCUCAUUUUUAGGAUCAGACAUCUGGGAAAUGUGUUUUGUGGUGCUCUGGGAACAAUUUCAAACCAUAAUUACAUGUCAAGAAUGCAGGAAGCAAUUACGGUAGCACAACAUAAUUAAGUUGGAGCAAAAUACUUU